AUGCUCUCCUCUGCCCCGGAUCUGGACGGGGGGCCUGGCCCAAGGCGCGCGGCGGGCUGGUCACGGCUCCUUCGGUCUCUCGUGCGGCAUGAGGUGUCGGCCGAUGCUGGUUCUGCUGCCCGAUGGCUGAUGUCUCGGGGCUUCAUGCGCAGUUCCGCCCAGAUCUCGCUGUCUCUGGCGGCUCUGCUCGUUUGUGAAGGUCAGGACGAGGUGGCGGUGGCUGUUCAGGAACGAAGUGCUUGGCCGAGGUGGGUUGCAGUGGGUGGUGGUGGUGCUGGAGAUGUACUGGCGGUGGGCUGUGGUGAGGAUUGCCGCUCGGUUGCUGUUGGCUCUGGUGCUCUCUUCCGGUCGUGUCGAGGCAUCCUGGCCCAGGACCACCCAUAUCUUGCGUCCUUGCUGGCUCGGGUCGACCAUGACGAGCAGUGA